ACCUUUGCUGGUGAGGGAACCUACUACGACCCUGGACUCGGCGCCUGCGGAAAGACCAACAAGGGAACUGAGCUGAUCGCUGCUAUCAACGCUCCGCAGUACGGGAACACGCCUAAUCCGAACAACGCACCGGUCUGUGGCAAGUGCGCUUUGGUGAAGGGUCCCCUAGGCCAAGUUAAGGUUAAGAUUGUUGACCGCUGCCCGGUGUGCAAGACUGGGGAUCUGGAUCUUAGCCCCUCGGCCUUCAACAAGAUCGGAAAGAAGGCCGAUGGCCGUAUCAAGAUCACCUGGAGCUUU